UAAGGGACUCGGCGUGAGAAGGAGAGGGGCGGGGCCUCAGCUGCGCCGGCCCCGAGGGGGCGGAGCUGAUUCCAGGCCGCAGCCAACUGCCGGUCCCAACGGCCCGCGGGUUGCGGCUUGCGAGCUUCCUGGAUUUGCUUUCCUACCAUCUCUUACCGGCUUCCCGAAUCUGUCAGCCCCGCCGCCAGACUCUCGAAGUCUCUGUCGCUGUGUUUCUUCACUUUUCGUGGUUUGUGUCCGCGUCCGCAGUUUCUUUCCUGCCCCCGUCUCCCCGGGCUUGAUCAUUCUCCAGGGCUUCAGUGUCCGAGACGUGAGUGCUUGACCCAGCGACCAUAUCAGCCCGAGAGAGAUGGAGGAGCCGGGGUUCCGCGCAGUGCCUUAAAGUUAAUGAAGCACUUUUGAGUGGUUCUUCAUUCAGUCAUCUUAGAGGUCAUGGAAGAAGUGACAUCGUGCUCCUUCAGCAGCCCUCUGUUCCAGCAGGAGAACAAGAGAGGGGUCACCUACCGGAUUCCAGCCCUGAUCUACGUGCCCCCUGCCCGCACCUUCCUGGCCUUUGCAGAGAAGCGCUCCUCAAGCAAGGAUGAGGAUGCUCUCCACCUGGUGCUGAGACGAGGGUUGAGGACUGGGCACUCAGUACAGUGGGAACCUGUGAAGUCCCUGAUGAAAGCCACAUUACCUGGACACCGGACCAUGAACCCCUGUCCUGUUUGGGAGCGGAAGAGUGGCUGUGUGUACCUGUUCUUCAUCUGUGUGCGAGGCCAUGUCACCGAGCGUCAACAGAUUAUGUCAGGCAGGAAUGCUGCACGCCUCUGCUUCAUAUGCAGCCAGGAUGCUGGCUAUUCAUGGAGCGAGGUGAGGGACCUGACUGAGGAGGUCAUUGGCCCAGAGGUGACGCACUGGGCCACUUUUGCUGUGGGCCCAGGUCAUGGCAUCCAGCUGCAGUCGGGGAGGCUCAUCAUCCCUGCAUACGCCUACUACAUCCCAUUCUGGUUCUCUUGCUUUCGGCUGCCAUAUAAAGCUAGGCCUCAUUCCCUGAUGAUCUAUAGUGAUGACCUAGGAGCCACAUGGCAACAUGGCAGGCUUAUCAAGCCCAUGGUGACAGUGGAAUGUGAAGUGGCAGAGGUGAUUGGGAAGACCGGCCACCCUGUGCUGUAUUGCAGUGCCCGGACACCAAACAGAUGCCGGGCAGAGGCCCUCAGCACUGACCAUGGUGAAUGCUUUCAGAAACCAGCCCUGAGCCAUCAGCUCUGUGAGCCACCUCAUGGCUGCCAAGGCAGUGUGGUAAGUUUCCGGCCCCUGGAGAUCCCAGGUGGAUGCCAGGAUCUUGCUAGCAAAGAGGCACCUGCCAUUCAGCGGAGUCCUCUGCUGUGCAGCUCAGUGUGGCCACAGCUGGAAGCUGGGACCUUGUCAGAAUCAUGGCUCUUGUACUCACACCCAACCAGUAAGAAACGCAGGGUCGACCUAGGCAUCUACCUCAACCAGAACCCCUUGGAGGCUGCCUGCUGGUCCCGCCCCUGGAUCUUGCACUGCGGGCCCUGUGGGUACUCUGAUUUGGCUGCUCUGGAGAACGAGGGCUUGUUUGGGUGUUUGUUUGAAUGUGGGACCAAGUGGGAGUGUGAGCAGAUCGCCUUCCGCCUGUUUACAGACCAAGAGAUCCUGAGUCACGUGCAAGGGGACUGCUCCACCCCUGGUAGGAACUCUGAGCCAAGUAACAACUAAUUGGCUUAGGACCCAACUUUGCAUAGAAGGCUACUAUAGAAGGCAAUCGCAGCCAGGACAGUGGAGGCCAGGAUAACAGAGGUUACUGAAGUCUGCAGAGAAACAAAAUGCCUAAUAUUCUGUUCCCUACCUGUUUUCACUGCUCAUUCUCCAAAGAGCAAAAUGAACAUCUUGCCAUAGCUACUGCAUUCGAAAGAGCACUGAACAGUGAGUUGAGAGACUAUGAUGUCAUCUUGGCUCUUCCACUGGCUUGCUUUGGGACCUUGGACAUGUCACCUGUACUCUCUGGGCCUCAGGUCUCCAUCUGUAAAAUGAGAGGGUCGGGUCUGUGAUUUCUCUUCUUCCCAUCCCUAGGAAAGGCAGUGUGCCUGCAUGCUCCCUGACUAGCAAGUCCUGGCUGUAUAUAGGACUAUCUCAACAUGAAAGUCAUCAGGCUCAGCUUUUCAAAUGACUUGCCACUCAUCCAAGUAUGAGGUUACAAGCAGGUGUCAUGGCACAAAGGAGGAUGUGGGUGGACUGUCUUGUUUUUAAUAACAAAAGUGCUUACAUCCUUCUGAUCAUGUGCGAAGCUCUACAGACUCACUGUUCUAGAGGAAUCGGGCCAAGCAGCAGAAUUAUAGGUCACUUACCUUCUCCAGCUUUGCAGCUCUGCUCAACCUUUCCUUCCUUGUCCAGAAAGCAUUACCUCUGAAGGAGAAAAUGAGAUGUUCAAUGUCAGUGAUCUUUAAUAAUGAUACUUAAUAUUUCUGAUGGCAUGACUCCUAUGAGAGAUGAACUUGAAGUUCAUUUAUUAGGGUAGUUAUUGAUGAGAAAUGAACAUGGGUUAGGACUUCAAAGCAUUGGACAAAACUUCCCGCUAUCUCUGCUGUCAAGGAGUUCACAGUUUAGGGGGCUAGAAGAGGGAUAAAAUUCAAGAAAAUAAAUGUAGCUGGGGGUAGUUUAUAGAUGUUAGGCUCUAAUGGGAGUGAUAGUAGCUGCUGAUGACAUUAUUUUAAUUGUCUCUUAAUUGUGCCUGGAGUCAUCUGCCCCAGAACUUGUCCAAGCUGCUGUUUGUUUUUCUCAAAAUGUUGUCUUCACUCAGCCUUCUUUUUUAAUGGAGACGGUUGUCACCAUUCAGAAGGUCUCUGGACUCACAAAGCUCUGAAUCAAGCAUAUUUGUUCGGACCUACUGAAAUUUGGACCAUCUCUACUAUUAGUGAAGUAAAGAUCCUUCUUUAUCUAAUAGAUUUGGGACAAACUUUGCCAUUGCUGGUUCUCAGAUGAUAGCAGAUGGUUGCUGUUAUUUUAGAUCAUUUCCCCCCAUAAACCUGUUACUGUGACAGAUACUCUUAUCAUGAGAGAUACCUUUUUUUGUCACUAUUUUGAGAGGAUAAUGCCUUAAACAGGCAGCAGGUAAAUAUAUUUGGUGCUGAGUAAUGACCCUGGAGAGUAAGUCUUCAUCAUGGAACACAGCCUAGAAAGUUGGGGGAUGCAGUUGUACCAGUCAGAUGGCAGAGAGUCCUGUAGGAUGAAAGUAGAGAUUAACUUCACCUACUUUAGCAUAUGGCUUAAGCCCAGGGCUUAGUGGGGCUUUUAAAAAUCCCCUUAACCUCUCAUGUAUUUGCUGAAGUUAAUACACAGUUAUGAUCAUUCACUUACUCAUUUGUACACUUAUCUAAAUAUUUCCAUAAUUGAGUACCUGUGUAUAAUGUGCGGUGCUUUCUAAUUGCCAGUCCCUGCUUGAAAAUUGCUUGUGGCUCCUCACUGCCUACUAAAGGGUGUUUACAUUUAGCCUGGCGUGUAGGACCUUCAGUUGUUGGUUGAACUAAUGAAUACUCCUCUCUUCUCUGUAUGAAGCUGACCUCUGUAUGAGGUCAGAGAAGACCUCGGUCACUUUGGCAAGUGGCAGGGGCUGCGAUUUCAGAGUGGGCAGCGUUGGUGGCACAGGGAGGACCCGGGGAGGGAAGGACUGAAAGGGCAGCAGCCCCUCCCGACUAGAAACUCCGUGUUCAGCAAAGCUUUCCUGAGCACUACACCCCAGAUUGACAGAAUAGAGAAGAUGGCUGGGUUCUAAAACGAGAGUUAAAGGAUGGAGAAAAUGAGAAUACAAUGACUUCCUUGGGACCAUCCAAGAAGGGAGUCAAGGAAGGGAGCUCAGUCACAUGCCAGGGUGGACCACAGGUGCUCAGUUCUCGUGAGAAGUUUCAUCCAUCUUUAAAGUGCCCUCCCCUUUCUCCUUCCCCUCUGCUUCAGGUUUGCUUCUCCUCGGUGACUAGCAAUGAAAUUCUUAAUAGGUGAAGGGGGUCUGUGCAUAUUUCAAUAAUAGCAGGAAAAGAGGGUUGGACACGGGUAAUCCACAGUGAGGAUCAGAGAGCAGAACAGAGGGCUGAUGGCAGCUGUGAAGGAAAAGCACAGCAGGGAGGAGUCCUGACACCUUUAGGAAGGGAGAGAAAGGGGUACACACAGGAAGCCCAGGCUGGAGAGAGGGUGUAGUUGGUGGCUGCUGUUAAGAAGAAAUGACCACAGGCCAGAGCUGUUCCACAAAAUGUGUGGGAGGAAAGGAGGCCUGCGCAGAUUGAGCUACAGACAAGUUCCAACCCAACGUAAAUUGAAGCUUGUCUCUGUGCCCGGUUACCAUCCAAAACAGCUGUAGUGUCGGUUACCCAAGGUCUUCAGGGUCCUAGGACCUAUACCAUGAUACCUGACUCCUAACUGAACCUGUUUCAGCCACAUUUGGGUUGGGAGAAUGGGAAAGAUAGAGCAGGUGAAGGCAGCUGUGAAGAAAAGCAGACUAGGUGCCAGGAAGAGAGGACCGGCUAGGCUGUGGUCUGUGAGCUGAGAGGCCCUCCCCGUCGAGCACAGAUGACUCACCGCUGGGACUGCAGGAAGGCACAGUAGGCCCCUCCGUCUGCUGGUAUACACCCAGGCCAGCCUCCCACUUACUCAGCCUGCCGGUCCUGCUCAUGCUCCCUGCCUCCUGGUUCAUUCACUCUAAGCUCCUAACCUUUACCUUGUGUGUGUGUGUGUUAGUCGCUCAGUCAUGUUCGACUCCGUGACCCCAUAGACUAUAACCUACAAGGCUCCUCUAUCCAUGGAAUUCUCCAGGUAGGAAUACUGGAGUGGGUUGCCAUUCCCUUCUCCAGGGGAUCUUUCCGACCCAGGGAUCUAACCCAGGUCUCCUGCCUUGCAAGCAGAUUGUUGACUGUCUCAGCUACAAGGGAAGCCCUAACCUUUACCUUGGGCCCUUAUUUGGAUCUGUUUCUCCUGGUCACCAGUCUCCCCUCAUAUAUCCACAGGAUAUCAUGCAGCCACAUCCACAGAUAAGCGACCUUGCACCCUCCCUGUUGGGUAGCCCGAGGGACGCUUGGAGGUCGGCCCACAGCUGCACAGCCCCCUGCCCAAGGCAGUAGGAUCCAUUCCUUCCACUUUGGCCAACUGAGGCUGUUCAGUCUUCUCUAAGAAGCUGUGAGUUUUCCCUACUGUAUCAUCCAGUAUCUAUCAUGUCAUCCUUCCUGCGCUGCCAGAGCAUAUGGCAUGUGCUUUUCUUUGGUCCUUAGCACAGGCUGCCCAUAGGCCUCCACUAGGCUGUAAACUCUUUGAGGACCAAGUCUGUCUGCUUCCUUUCUGCAUCCUUUUUACCUUGAAUCAUGACUUAUUUUUGUGAUAUUGCUAGUGUAUUCUGAAUUCCCUGAUGGUAAAGACUGUGUCUGAUUCCUCGCUUUGUCCUCUGCACCCAGCACAGGGCCUGGCACAGAAUAGGCAGCAGUAAAGUUGCGCUGAAUGAACAAAGGAGUCAGACUCUUGGCCUUCUGGAGCUAAUUGAGAGGCCAGGGCAUGUUUCCCCAUGGGAGGAGCAUGUUGUAUCUCUCUGUGGCUGAUGUGCUCAGCCUCUUGAACACAUACCCUAAAUGAAUCUUCUCUGUAGGGGCUGCAUCCAGGCCAGUCACAGCCUGCCCUUGGAAUGAGCUGCUCUCUCGCUUGAGCAUGUUCAUACCUGGAUGUCACAGCAUCACAGCCCAAGUCUAAAGCCAAGCCUUGACUUGGGGUUCUUAUUUCACUGGCAUUUCCCUCUGUCCCUGAUUGGAUUUUCUAUAACUGUCACUACUCCAGGGAGACGCUGGGGCUCAGUAUGUUCCAGUGUGCCUUGCUCUGUGUUACCACAUGCCGGGAAUGCUCUCUGUACUCUAAGAACUGCCACGACUCUUUGUCUUUCUUUUUUUUAUUUUAUUUUAUUUUAUUUUAUUAGUUGGAGGCUAAUUACUUCACAACAUUUCAGUGGGUUUUGUCAUACAUUGACAUGAAUCAGCCAUAGAUUUACACGUAUUCCCCAUCCUGAUCCCCCCUCCCACCUCCCUCUCCACCCGAUUCCUCUGGGUCUUCCCAGUGCACCAGGCCCGAGCACUUGUCUCAUGCAUCCCACCUGGGCUGGUGAUCUGUUUCACCAUAGAUAGUAUACAUGCUGUUCUUUUGAAAUAUCCCACCCUCACAUUCUCCCACAGAGUUCAGAAGUCUGUUCUGUAUUUCUGUGUCUCUUUUUCUGUUUUGCAUAUAGGGUUAUCAUUACCAUCUUUCUAAAUUCCAUAUAUAUGUGUUAGUAUGCUGUAAUGUUCUUUAUCUUUCUGGCUUACUUCACUCUGUAUAAGGGGCUCCAGUUUCAUCCAUCUCAUUAGGACUGGUUCAAAUGAAUUCUUUUUAACGGCUGAGUAAUAUUCCAUGGUGUAUAUGUACCACAGCUUCUUUAUCCAUUCAUCUGCUGAUGGGCAUCUAGGUUGCUUCCAUGUCCUGGCUAUUAUAAACAGUGCUGCGAUGAACACUGGGGUGCAUGUGUCUCUUUCAGAUCUGGUUUCCUCAGUGUGUAUGCCCAGAAGUGGGAUUGCUGGGUCAUAUGGCAGUUCUAUUUCCAGUUUUUUAAGAAAUCUCCACACUGUUUUCCAUAGCGGCUGUACUAGUUUGCAUUCCCACCCAACAGUGUAAGAGGGUUCCCUUUUCUCCACACCCUCUCCAGUAUUUAUUGCUUGUAGACUUUUGGAUAGCAGCCAUCCUGACUGGCGUGUAAUGGUACCUCAUUGUGGUUUUGAUUUGCAUUUCUCUAAUAAUGAGUGAUGUUGAGCAUCUUUUCAUACAGAUGGCUAACAAACACAUGAAAAGAUGCCACGACUCUUUGAAACAAGGAAGAUGAAUAAAGAGCUUAAUUCUGAUGGC